ACAUCCUACGAUUCCAAGUCACGUGGACCGCACCGCUGUGUUUCCGGGCUCUUCAGACCGUGCUGGUUCUGCGUCGUGGUCCUGACUUCAGGUCACAAAGUGCCCGGUGUUCCUUCAGGUGUUGUGUCGGGUUCAGAGGAGAUGCGGGGCCGCGCGGGUCCCUGCGAGGCCCUGCUGGUUUGGAUUACGCUGCUGGUCUCUGCGGCCCCCCCUUUAGCAGCCUGGGAUGCGGAUCUGGAGCUGCUGGACCUGGUGGAGGAAAUCCCGCAGACAUUCUACCAGUUCCUGAACAUAGAUCAGGAUGCAUCAGCAGCAGAGGUAAAGAAGGCUUACCGCAGACUGUCUCUGUUGCUGCAUCCUGACAAGAACAAGGAUGAAAAUGCUGAGACACAGUUUAGACAGCUCGUGUCCAUUUAUGAAGUUCUGAAAGAUGAAGACAGAAGACACAGGUAUGAUGACAUCCUCGUGAACGGGCUUCCGGACUGGCGCCAGCCAGUUUUCUAUUACAGACGAGUGAGGAAGAUGAGUAAUGCAGAGCUGGGCUUGCUGCUCUUCUUCAUCCUCACCGUGGGACACUAUGCUGUCAUCUGGUCCAUCUACCUGGAGAAGCAGCUGGAUGAGUUGUUAAGUAAGAAAAAAAAGGAGAAGAAAAAGAAGCUGAGCUCCAGACCUGCAGAGGAACUCAGAUGUGCAGGUCAUGAACGAAGUGACAGAUCCCAGGAGCGACCACACUGGCAGGACAUCCUCCCUCUGAAGCUGAGCAUCUGGCUCUACCUGUCCAUCAAACACCUGCCUCAGACUGUCCAGGAGGUGAAGCAGUACUACGAAGACUACCAGCAGAUGAAGCAGCUGCAGAAGGAGGAGGCUGAAGCUGAAGAGGAAGUUACGAUAAGAGAAAAACGACCAAAGGUCAAGAAGCCUAAGAUGGAGUUCCCCAUUUACAAACCAUCUCCAGAAGCUCCAGACUCCCAGAGAUACGAGCAGACUACAUCCAUUGAGGAGAUCGAAGAUCAGAUGGACAACUGGCUGCAGGAUCGCAGAGCUUCCAAGAAGAAGGUGGCAGACUGGACAGAGGAGGAGCUGAGUCUCCUCAGCAGGUUGAUGGUUAAAAUCCCAGGAGGAACUCCUGGAAGGUGGGAGAAGAUCGCUCAUGAACUUGGACGAUCAGUUUCUGAUGUGACGACUAAAGUCAAACAAGUGAAAGACAGCGUGAGCCCCACCUCAGGUUUGGUGAAGCUCUCUGACCUAAAGGACCCUCAUCGUUCUGUUGAUGACAGUUUAAUGGCUCAGGAUGUGGGCGGAGCCUGUGUGCAGGAGGAGCAGAAUGAUGAGGAGGUGGAUGUAGCUCCGUUAGUCCGAAGGAGAAACAAGAAGCCUUCACCAGCAGAAGAUGGAGAGGUGAAGGUCAGAGGUCGUCGGCAGAGAGAUUUUAACCCAAACGCGGUGGAGGAGGAGGAGGCAGAACCACAGGAGAACAAAGAGAGGGGGAACGCUGUGGUCUGGACUCAGAACCAGCAAAAACUGUUGGAAAUGGCUCUGCAACAGUUCCCCAGAGGAACCUCGGAGCGCUGGGAUCGCAUCGCCAAGGUGGUUCCAGGAAAGACCAAGGAGGAGUGUAUGAUUCGUUACAAGAUGUUGGCUGAACUCAUUCAGAAGAAGAAGUCGGUGAGGAGCUGAUAUGUUCUUGCUACACCUCUUUCAGCCGCUGUGACCUUUGACCUCCUGAGACUUGUAUGAUCAGGGGCAUCUGGGUUGGACUGACCCACAGCAUGUGUUUGUAUUUUACCUGCUCAGGUGUGUAUUGUUUCUGUGGGUCCCCUGAUCUCAUGUGCCUUAGCUCCUGUCAGCUGAUCAAUAAACAAUAUUUAUUGUUUUUGUUAACAAACUGAAUAAAGCUAUAAUCAUUUUUUAUU